UUCACAUUUUGUUGUUCAUUGAAUUUAAUUUUUAAUCCAAUUGUUUUCUUAAAUUUUAUAUUCUUCUUUGAUUGUUUUCUUUUUUAUUUGGUCAAUUGUUGUUCCAAGUUUACUUGGUUCUUUCUAGGUGCUCAUGGGAUUACAAUGUCUUCAUCUUUUCCUUUGGUUAAGUUGAUAAGUUUAGCUGUUCGUCAAAUGAGUAAACCGUUAGCUAAUCGAAUCAAGGAGAAAGCUAAAUCAAGUCUAUUCUUCCGUACCUACAUUUGUAUGCCUCCGGCUCAAACUUAUCAUUGGAUUGAAGUGAAUGUUAAAAUGAAAUUACUCAAUUUAGGUAAACCCAAUCAGGUGACCAAACUCAAUGAAAAUUCUGCAAUUGAACUUGGAGCUGAACUGCUGGGUGAAUCUAUCAUUUUCUGUAUUGCUGUUAUCACUGUUACAUUAGAGUUCAUGAGACAAGCUCGGAAAGCCAAUAAUGAAGCUGUUAAAACGGAAGAACGAUGGUCAAGUACUGAAGAGAAAAUGAGCCAAGUUGAGGAGCAGAUAAAAGAGACUCAACAACAUUUAGAUUCGUUAAUUAAAUUAUUAGAAGAAAAGAAUAAAUCAUUUCUUGAUCCAUUGAAAAAAAUUUUACCUGUAAAAGUUUAGAAUAGUUAAAUUACUGUUAGUAUAUAAACCAAUAUGAAAGUGUAUUCAUUUUACUCUGUGAUUGUGUAAAUAUAUUUUUGUUAAUAGACUAAUUAACUUUAAUUUAA